AGCUAGCACACCUAGAGCCAGGCUGGAGGGUGGGACAAGGGACAGUUUCGAGGCUUCCCACCACAGCGCCUGUGGGCAGUGUGAGUUCUCGCCCCUCCCCUCCACUUGCUAGCAGCUUGCCCUCCAACCCAGUGGCUUCCCGAAUCACGCGGGGGACGCAGUGGGCGGUGUCAGCAAGCUGAGCGCCCUGUUCCGACCCACUCUGCGCAUGCCCAGUCUCGGUGAUACCCCGCUGCUCCACAAGGGGCUCUCUCCUGGGCCCGCCCCGCCAUCUUUUCGGACCCUUAAGCCCAGAAGACAGCCAAUAGCAGUGGUCGGGUCAGCGCAUGUGGACUGCAGCCUGCUGACUGGGGUGCGGGAUCCCUGUAACAACUUGCAACCUCAGGCUCCGCCUUUUGCCCCCAAGCUGUUCUCGGGAGACACUGCAUUUGCACUUGUUUUUGCUGAGCAGGAGGUCUGGUGGGCUCUGCGCCAUGGCGGCCAUGGAGGAGGAGCGCGACUACUAUGAUCCCAGCUACUUUGGCCUGGAGUUCUGGGAACUGGAAGCCAGCGCGGGUCCUGCACCAGGGGUCCGCGCUGCUGCAGCUGAAGGCGGCCACUUCAGCGAACGGGCUCUCGGCCUCAGGGGCGCCGGCCUCCACGAGGGCCACCUGGACCACGGUGAGGACCGCAACCCGACCCAAGAGGGCUCCGUGAGCCGGGGAGGUGCCGCUGACCCGCCUGCUGACCUCGGUGACGAUGAUCCAGGGCUGAGACCGCCUGCGGAACAGGAGCUUUCUGAUGCCAGAGGAGGGCGGCGGGGCCGGCCCAGGCGGCCACGAGUCCAGUUCAGCUUCACGCAGUGGCAGGUGGAGGAGCUGGAAAGUGUCUUCCAAGAAACUCACUACCCGGAUGUCCUCACAAGACUGGAGCUGGCAAGUGCCAUGGGCGUGCCUGAAUGCAGAGUGCAGGUUUGGUUUAACAAUCGGAGAGCCAAAUACAGGAAAAAUCAGAGGAGAGCGAUGCUGAGGAAUGCACCUCCUGAUUCCCAGGACCACAUUCUCAUUGAGGAGGUGGAAGAGCUGCUGUAGGAUGCCGGCCCUUUUCAAGAUGCAGACUGGGAUUGCAGCUUUUUCUGGCAGACGCCUGGGUCAGAAUAGCUGCCCAUGGAAUAGUUACGUCCACGGCACUUAUAUACGCAAUA